UUUUGUUUGGUUAUAUUGUCUCAGUCGAAUAUUGUAUUUUGUGUGCUCGAAAUGAGCGCUACAGUUAUUAAACACGAACCAUGUGAUGUUUUUGAAUUACCAAACAAUGUAGAAUGUGGUUUAAGUUUUGCCGAAGUCAAAUGUGAAGGCUACAACAGUAAUUUAAAAGUUCAACAAACAACAUUCUCAGGACGCGAUGCAAAUAAUGAACUGAAAGCUGAGUCUAGUUAUACUGAUAUUGAAAAUCUAGAUGUAAUUGAACCAAAAAUUGAAGAAGUUGAAGAUCACUGCUUAGACUUGUCCAUAGGUAUUAGUGAAAUUAUUAGUAUCAAGAAAGAAAAGAAUACCUAUACAUUUUUAAAUAAACAAAGUAAUGAUGCUAAAUUUAAAAAGAGGAAAGUUAGAAAACAAUUCCAUUGUCCUGUUUGUAAUAAAGAUUUUCCAUCUGCGAUCAAAAAGAAUGAACAUGUAAAUUCACAUUUUGGCAAGAAUGUUGUUGCUUGCCAAUUUUGUGGAGAAUGUUUCACAAACAAAGAGGAUUUUUUACUGCAUUGGAUCCAAUAUAAAACAAAAAAUAGUAUAAUACUAGUUAAAAAUCGGCAAACUCUAAUAAGAAAACCAUUUCAAUGUGGAAUAUGUUUGAAACAAUAUGUUCAUAAACAAUCACUAAGUAGACAUGAAGUUAUACAUAAAUUAGAACUUCCACAUCAAUGUACAGAAUGUUUUAAAGGUUUUCCAACUAAAGGUCGGCUUGAAAUACAUACGGUCGUACAUAAAGGAGAGAAACGGUACAUUUGUGAAAUUUGUUUGAGAGGAUUCAGUUUCAAACAUCAUUUGAAAUGUCACAUGCUUUCCCAUACAGGUGAAAAACCUCACAAAUGCGAAAUUUGUUUCAAGCAAUUUUCCAUUAAAUCCACUCUGAAGAGACACAUGCUUUGCCACACAGGAGAGAAACCUUACAAAUGCUUAAUAUGUUCAAACGAAUUCGCACAAAAAGCACAUUUAAAUAGCCACAUGAGAUGUCAUACUGGAGAAAAACCCUAUAAAUGUGAAAUUUGCUUCAAAUCAUUCAGAUUCGCACAAACAUUAAAAGGUCACAUGCGUACUCAUACUGGCGAAAAACCCUACGAAUGUAGCGUUUGCUUGAAGAAAUUUGCAUUAAAUAGAGAUCUACAACGACAUUUGUUGUGUCACACAGGAGAAAAACCCUAUAAAUGUGACGUUUGUCCUGCGAAAUUCGCACAAAGAGUAAAUUUGAAACACCACAAACUAUCCCAUACCGGGGAAAAACGAUUUGUAUGCACUAUUUGUUCCAGACGGUUUGCUACAAAAAGAAGUUUAGAUAAUCACGCUCGCGGUCAUACCGGAGAAAGACCGUUCAAAUGCGAAAUCUGUUUGGAAAAUUUCAAGACUAAAGCGACUUUAGAUCGUCACAUACGUUCCCAUAUGCAAGAUAAACCGCACAAGUGCGAAUUUUGUUUAAAACGAUUUGUGCAAAUUAAACAUUUACAAAAUCACAUGUCGUGUCACAAUAAAAAUAAACCGUUCGAGUGCGGUACUUGUACAAAACGAUUCAAACAAAAAGGGCAGUUAGAAGAUCAUCUAAGGUCUCAUACAGGUGAAAAACCGUUUUCUUGUUUUACUUGUUUGAGACAGUAUACUUGGAAGAAGAAUUUGAGAUAUCAUUUACGUACCAAUCCAGGGCAUUGAAAUUUUCCUACAUAUACAGGGUUUAUCAAAAUAUUCGAUAUUUCUUAUGCUGAGGUGUAUUGCUCGCAAUAAAAUGAUUUCGAAAUUACCAUAUAGGCAACGACGUUUUUUUAUUAUUUGUUGUCUCCCUAUGGAAGCCAGUCUUCUUUAAUUACGAGAGUUGUAUGAGAAGUUUCUGACUUUUACUUGGAGAUGAAUGUAUGGUAGCUAAAUUCGUGGUGAUAUACGCGCAUUCAAGAUGAUCAAAAAUUAGCGAUAUCAUCGAAAAAGUUCACCAAAUGGUGCUGGAUAAUCAUUGUAUUAAGUUUAGAGAGAUAAAAGAGACUAUUGGUAUAUAUACUGGAAAAUUAUGUUUACGCAAGCAAUCAGUCGAGUUUUUUUCGUCGAUUUAAGACUGUAUAUGAAAUAUGGAUCCACCGCUAUACUUUUGAAACGAAAAAACAAUCAAAACAUACGAUUGCAAAGAUUGAACUUUCUCAGAAAAAGGCUAAAACGUUUCCAUUGGUCGGAAAAGUGAGGCGACUGAUUUUUGGAAUAGUCAUUGUUUGAUUAGGCAUUCACUGUAUUCGCCCGAUCUGAUUCACAGAAAUUUUCAUCAGACGAAGUCGCUAUCUUCUACGUGAACGUCUAUUUUGAGUAGAAGAGAAGCGAAAGAUUGCGUUACUAAGUGUAUAGACUUUUAUUUUGAAAAAAAUUGCUUCCGAAACUUUUUAUAAAACUCUCGUAAUAUAGGUUUCUCGAAAUGUGUUGAUAUACUAGAUUGUGUUGUUGAUAUUGAAUUCGUUUUGGUGCAGGUAUCGCUAUACAAGUGUUGAAGGAAAAACAAAUUACUGGAUCGAAAUUUUACUUUAUUCAGGGGUUUUUUCGAUUAUUUUAAUUCGGGAGUUACUUCUAACAAAUAAACCGCUACAGAUAUUAUAAAAUAGUAUUUUUAGAAAAUAUUAUAAACUUGUCAUUUUGUUAAUAUCGUAAAUACUCACAGCAGUGUUGCCAAGUCUCAAAGUAACUAUGAAAUGAAAAGUUUGUUUAAAAUUUGAUACAUCGCGUAUAGUAUGAGAAAAAAUGUUUUUUUCUUAUAUUUAUAUCAUUGUAAAUAGAUCGAAAUACAAUUUUAGAUUAAAAAAAAACGUUCUUAACCUAAUUUAUACUCUUAUUUAUGUUGUUUUCAUCGAAAUUAAUUUCAGAUAAUAAUUCAACUCAUUUCAAUAUUUUAUUAUGUUUUUUUUCAAUCCAUAUCACCAAAUAACGUAUCUAAUUAACGAAAUACGAAUUUUAUUUAUCUUUUUUAUCAUUAAUAUUCGUUACAGUCAUUCUCUUGAUAAAAUAUUUUAAUAAAUUAUUUAUUAAUAAAAUAAACGUUGAAAUUAUAAUAAAUAUAAGUAAAAAUACAUCUAAUUGAUACAAUUGGUACCAUUUGAGAUCCAUUGCGGGCGAUCUUAAAUGGAAAGCGCCUCUAUGACGAACGACGUAUUCGCACCAAAAGACUGCCUCAUCCAAUGCUUUCGUAGGCUGGUCUCGCAUUAUAGCUGAACGUUGUUUAGCUACGUCUCUAUAUCUAAAAA